AUGGCGAAGUCUCUGCGGUCCAAGCGGGAGAAGCGGCUGCGGACGCUCCGGCGGGAGAUCGCGGAGCCCUUCUACGACAAGAAGGAGGCCGCCAAGCAGGCCGCGCAGGCCGCCGCCCUCGAGGCCCCCAAGCUCCCCGUCCGCGUGCACCCGAUGUACGAGGAGUCCCUCGCCGCCGCCGCUGCCGCCGCCGCCAGCCGGGCCUCGGCCAUGGAGGUUGAUGGAGGAAGCAAGAAGUCUGCAUCCUUCCUGAAGCCAAUGGGCACCAUUAGCAAGAAGAAGGUACAGCUUCACUUGAAGAUCAAGAAAGACAAGAGAAAAGCUAGGAAGAAGGGAAAUUCUGGGAAGAAGAGUUAUUAG